CGGGACGCCCUGUGUCUGUGUGUCUGUCCGCCCAGGUGCAAAUUCUUCAGCCUGACGGAGACGCCGGAAGAUUACACCAUCAUCGUGGAUGAGGAGGGCUUCCUAGAGCUGCCCUCCUCAGAGCACCUGAGCGUGGCCGAUGCUACCUGGCUGGCCCUGAACGUAGUGUCCGGUGGCGGCAGCUUCUCCAGCUCCCAGCCUAUCGGCGUGACCAAGAUCGCCAAGUCAGUCAUCGCCCCACUGGCCGAUCAGAACAUCUCGGUGUUUAUGCUGUCCACCUACCAGACGGACUUCAUCCUGGUACGCGAGCGAGACCUGCCCUUCGUCACCCACACCUUGUCGUCCGAGUUCACUAUCCUGAGGGUCGUCAAUGGCGAGACAGUGGCGGCCGAGAACCUGGGCAUCACCAACGGCUUCGUGAAGCCCAAGAUGGUCCAGAGGCCGGUCAUCCACCCACUGUCAAGCCCAAGCAACAGGUUCUGUGUGACCAGCCUGGACCCUGACACGUUGCCCACUGUGGCCACCCUCCUCAUGGACGUCAUGUUCUACUCCAAUGGAGUGAAGGACCCCAUGGCGGCCAGCGGGGACGACUGUGGCCACAUCCGCUUCUUCUCCUUCUCCCUCAUCGAGGGCUACAUCUCCCUGGUGAUGGACGUUCAGACACAGCAGAGGUUUCCCGGCAACUUGCUGUUCACCAGCGCAUCCCGGGAGCUGUGGAAGAUGGUGCGCAUCGGAGGGCAGCCGCUGGGAUUCGAUGAGUGCGGCAUCGUGGCCCAGAUCUCCGAGCCCCUGGCUGCGGCCGACAUUCCUGCCUACUACAUCAGUACCUUCAAGUUUGACCACGCGCUGGUUCCAGAAGAGAACAUCAGUGGCGUCAUCAGUGCCCUGCAGGUCAGUCAGGCCGCCAAGCACUAGGAGGGCCUUUCCCUGCGCCGGGCCCGGCCCCCACCCCAAGAUUGUUCUCGCAGUAUUUCUCCACGGACUGGAAAAACGGCCUCCGAGACCCCGAAGCAGAGGCCUCUGGGACACCCCCUCCCUCCCCACACUGGGGCCCACGCCAGGGCCUCUCCCAGGCCCCCCUUCCUGCCUUCCCCGAGCCCCCUGGCCCCCCCAGCCACGACCCGCCCCUGCCCACAGCCCCACCCGCAGAAGACAAGCUGGGGGGGCAAGGAGCUGGGAUCGCCUCCGCCUUCUCACGCGGCCCGGAAAGAAGGAAGCUGAUGGAGACGCUGCGGCGCCCUGGGGGGCUGAGUGUGGGAGCCCCCGGAGUCCCCCUGAGGCCCCCCUCAGCAGCCUUGGGAUCCGUCAGCUCAGGGCCGGCUCCCUGGGACGCGUGCGCACGUACGGCGGGGCUUGAGCUAGGGAGGCGGCCAGCAAGACUGUGCAGAGGGACCCUGUGUGGCCCCUCGCCCAGCGGGGAGGAAGGAACCCCAGGAGACCCACCAGCCUGGAGCACCAGCUCCUGUGUCCUCUGCUCCCCCCAGCCCCUCCUCGGGCAGGCACAGCCUCAGUUUCCCCCCAGCAGGGGCGUCCCCAGCACCCCAGACCUAGACCAGCACGGGGCUCCCGCCGUGGUCCUGCCCCACUCCCAGGGGACAUGGAAGGUCUCUGCGCCCCUGCCUGCCUGCCCCACCGCCCAGGGCUGUGGGCACUCAGGACUGGCUUGACCUGGGAGGCAGCUUAACUGAGCCUUAAUAGAUGAAACCGUGCUUUGUUUUAGUUCUUAUUUAAUGUAUUUGCGCCCGGGCUGCUGUUGAAAUCGAGAGAUGAGGCCAAGCUGAGGUCUUCAGCCAGGGCCCCCCCCCCCCCCCCGGAGCUCCGUGUUGCCCUCCUUUGUGCGUGGCAGCUGGGAGCAGGGAUCUGGUGCAGAUCCCACAAUGCCCUGGAGGCAAGGGGGUGGCUCUCACGGGACCUCCCGAGCCAGCCUGGUUGUAUCCGGGCAUCCCGGGGGCCAGCCCAGAGGUGGGCAGCAGGUGGCAGCCCGCGAGGGGCGGGGGCUCUUGUCCAGGAGGACCGGGAGCUGCUGUGUGCGCUGGGCCCGGGGAGCCUGCGAGGAUCUUGCUGUGUGGGGUGAGCUGGGUUGUGCUCUUUCCGGAAGGUCAGAGGGGAGGGAGUGUUGGCCUGUCCUCGCGAGGGGCUCCCGUGGGCCCCGCUGUCCCCUCUUCCCAGCUGGGUGGGACAGCAGGAGGGGCUGUCCAUUAGGUUCCCUGGGACUGCACAGGACCCACCCCACUCGUUAGGAACUCCCCCUUUUACUCUGAGUUAAUUCAUUUUGCACAAAAGCUCCCAAAACAAACCAAAUCUUGUCCGUUGUCUGCCGGUCCCCAGAGGUGGCCGAGUGAGCCCUGGCAGUGGCGGGAGCCCCCUCUCUUGACCUCGGAAGGCCUGGGGUGCCCGUAGUGUGGCUCUCCCAGCCCCAUCCAGCCCCGGGCAGCCCCGGGCCCCGCCCCCCUGCCCUCCCCCCACCCCGUCACGUGUCCCUAGACCUCCUAGGACCUGUCCCUUGUACGCGCCUAUGAAUACCUGUGUUUUAUGUUGAUAGAGCUCUAUACUGUAAAUAGCAUAUAUACUUGAGCAAUAUAUACGUUAAUAUAUACUGUGUGCGCGCGUGGGGGUGGGCCGGGGCCCCCGCCCGUGGUCUCCGCCGUGCACACAGGCACGAUUUUGAGCUGCCGUCUAUUUUUCAUUCAAGUAUAUA